AUGAUCCCGGGACCGCAAAUGACCCACAAAUUCUUCGUCUUCUCCUCAGUUUUGGUUUCGAUUGAGAAUUUUGACCAGUCCGCAAACGACAAGAUAUGGGACACUGGGAACGAAGGAAGGGUAGCGCGCGCGAAACACGCGCGGAGCUCGACAGAAAACGAGGAGAUCUGGUAAUGAAAGAGUUGUGACAGGAAGAGAUGCAAGAUGGCGGCCGGGAUUCGACCAUCUUCUGGUCACUCCCAUGGCCAUCCUCACAACCACGCCAUGCCGAGACGGAAAGUCACCAUAUCGUUUGUGAUAAGAGACGAAGAAGAACCUCUUCACCGGUCAGGGGUGAACGCACUUCAACUAGACCAACAUACUGGUCGGUUAUAUUCUGCAGGACGAGACUCCAUCAUUCGAUGUUGGAAUACAAAUGUGGACAAGAACUGCUACAUAGCAUCUUUAGAACACCAUACAGACUGGGUGAAUGAUAUUGUUCUUUGCUGUAAUGGUAAAACAAUAUUGUCUGCAUCAUCUGACACAACUGUCAAAGUGUGGGAUUCAGGGCGGAGUUUCUGUAUGUCUACCUUGCGCACACAUAAGGACUAUGUAAAGGCACUGGCUUAUGCCAGCCAUAGAGAACUGGUGGCCUCUGGAGGACUCGACCGACAGAUUUUUCUUUGGGAUGUCAACACUUUAACAGCUCUCACAGCCACAAAUAACACUGUCACAACUUCAUCACUGAAUGGUCAAAAAGAUUCUAUUUACAGUCUUGCUCUUAAUAGCAUGGGGACUGUGCUUGUCUCUGGCUCAACUGAAAAGAUUUUGAGGGUGUGGGAUCCUCGAACAUGCUCAAAAGUCAUGAAACUAAAAGGCCAUGUAGACAACGUGAAGUCAAUUGUCAUCAAUUCUGAAGGAACCCAGUGUCUGUCUGGAGGCUCAGAUGGAACAGUGCGUCUUUGGUCGUUAGGCCAACAGAGAUGCAUCACCACAUACAGAAUUCAUGGCGAAGGCGUGUGGGCAUUGUGUGCUAAUGAUAACUUUACUGGAUUCUAUUCAAGUGGUCGAGACAAACACAUCAUGUGGACUGACUUGAGCCUAGACAAUUCUUCCACUCUCCUGUUUGUAGAGGAUGCACCAGUUUUAAAACUGGAGCUCUGUCAUGAUCCCCAUUCUCUUUGGGUUGCUACAACAAAUUCUACAAUAAAUAACUGGCCAAUCAAGAUCCCAUAUAUGAAUGAUAAUGAUAACAUGGAUGUUGGUGAUUCCGAUCCUCAGCCAACUUGUUUAUCACCAAGAAAAACAUUACCAGGGGCUCCUAGCAUACGGAAAUUCCAUGUACUAAGAGACAGGAGACAUGUUAUAACAAAAGACUCAGAAGACAAGGUUACUGUCUGGGAUAUUCUAAAAGCAUGUAAGGUAGAGGAGCUUGGUGUGGUGGAUUACGAGGAAGAAAUCAAGAAAAGAACUCAGAUGAUUUUUGUACCUAAUUGGUUUGCAGUUGACAUCAAGACGGGAAUGCUCACAAUAAAUCUGGAGGAGAGUGACUGUUUUGCAGCGUGGAUUUCAGUAACUGAUGUUCCAGGCUUAGAACCAAAAGUUGUUGAUGGAAAAGUGUAUGCCACGGAUGUCAAACAUGUGAAUUAUGGAGUACUUCUACUGCAAGCGAUCUUGGAACACUGGCCCGAGACAUUCUCAGGAACAGUUGACGAUGCUGAUCAAGACUUGCCAAGAGCUGAUUCUCCAGAAGAUGGAGAUGCCAGUGCUAGUGAAGUCAAUCUCAACCUUGAAUCUGUAAGUAUUUCACGGGUUGCGGGAGGGGAACACGAGUGCAUGUCCUCGAAACGGCGAAAUUGGAAUGAAUGUCUGUCUGGAGGCUCAGAUGGAACAGUGCGUCUUUGGUCGUUAGGCCAACAGAGAUGCAUCACCACAUACAGAAUUCAUGGCGAAGGCGUGUGGGCAUUGUGUGCUAAUGAUAACUUUACUGGAUUCUAUUCAAGUGGUCGAGACAAACACAUCAUGUGGACUGACUUGAGCCUAGACAAUUCUUCCACUCUCCUGUUUGUAGAGGAUGCACCAGUUUUAAAACUGGAGCUCUGUCAUGAUCCCCAUUCUCUUUGGGUUGCUACAACAAAUUCUACAAUAAAUAACUGGGUCACCCCUGAAUAUCUUCAUGUAAGGCAUCAAACUACAGCCAGUUCAUGUAGAACUUUUUCCACCAAAAUAGCUAGAAACAAGAAACAAGUUGUGAAAAUCUACUUGCUUCAUGCUAACUUAAAAGUGUCUUUUUGUUUUGUUUCAGGGGCUCCUAGCAUACGGAAAUUCCAUGUACUAAGAGACAGGAGACAUGUUAUAACAAAAGACUCAGAAGACAAGGUUACUGUCUGGGAUAUUCUAAAAGCAUGUAAGGUAGAGGAGCUUGGUGUGGUGGAUUACGAGGAAGAAAUCAAGAAAAGAACUCAGAUGAUUUUUGUACCUAAUUGGUUUGCAGUUGACAUCAAGACGGGAAUGCUCACAAUAAAUCUGGAGGAGAGUGACUGUUUUGCAGCGUGGAUUUCAGUAACUGAUGUUCCAGGCUUAGAACCAAAAGUUGUUGAUGGAAAAGUGUAUGCCACGGAUGUCAAACAUGUGAAUUAUGGAGUACUUCUACUGCAAGCGAUCUUGGAACACUGGCCCGAGACAUUCUCAGGAACAGUUGACGAUGCUGAUCAAGACUUGCCAAGAGCUGAUUCUCCAGAAGAUGGAGAUGCCAGUGCUAGUGAAGUCAAUCUCAACCUUGAAUCUCGUAUAAUGACAGGGAAUGGUUUCUUCAGUGUUCCCGAGCACACUCCGCUGAUCUUCACUGAGAGUAGUGGCACGGGAAGAACUCUGUUCAGACUGCUGGUCUCUGACGCCUCUGGAGAGAAUGAAGGAUAUCUGCUGGCUGAGACUGUGCCUAACUGGGCUGUAGACGUCACUGUCAAGAAACUCUCACCGAAAUUCAACAAGAUAGCAUUCUUCUUACAAGCUCAUUCGUCGAGCUCAUCCAAGGCGUUAAAGAGGGACCGCCUCUCAGCUAGCGACAUGUUGCACGUGCGUAAAGUUAUCGAGCACGUGUACGAGAAAGUGGUGGGUAACGAGAACAACAGCAAUUCAGGUAACCACGCCGAUAAAGAACAGGCCGGACCACCAAGCGAGGAAGAACUUGAGGAAUUUGGAGCUUUGGCUGAGGCUCGGGUCGAGCUCCUUUGUCACGAACAGGUUCUGGACCCGAAUAUGGACCUAAGGACCGUGCGCCAUUUUAUUUGGAAAGGGGGAGGGGACCUGGUACUGCAGUAUCGAAUAAUGAAGUAGAGACCCAUGCCCCAGGUUCCUAAAUAUGGCCCUGCUUCAAAUAUGUUACAGAAGACUGGGAAGAGGUUAACUCGCUAUAAAGAGAGCUAUGACAUCAGAGUUAAUGGAAGAGUGGGCUUUAAGUUUGAAAUGAGCCAGGAUGACGAGAGGUUCUCUUUCUUGGAUGCCGACGGAGGUGGUGUGUCUAAGACUUGAGAUAUCAUCAGAUAUUUAUUACAUUCCGACGUUCGCUUGUUUCCUUUACGCUGAAGCGUUGUCGCCUUAAUGCGUGCAAAAAAAGAGAAAGAAUCACGUGACAUAAACAUUAACUCUACUGCACACCCACAUUGUAUAUAGUCCGAAGCAUAUAACCCUUUGUGUGCUUCUUACAUUGUAGACAAUCAUCAAUUGAAAAAUGUGACGCAUCAUAGCAGCUAUAAAUGACUUGUAUAAAACGCGAUUAAAAGAAGAAUUUUGAGUUUGGAUUUACCUGA